AUGACGAUCGACAACUUGCUCGAGAGGCGCGCCAGAUCGGACUUCGACCCGAUCCUGCCCUCGGUUCCGAGGAGCGAUUACCUAGCUCGUCAACAUCUACUGUCUACCGCACCUUUUAUCCUCACCAUCAAGAUCCCCUUCGCUAACGAAGCACAUGCUACGAUAGCUAAACGUGCAAUCUUGGUGGAUAGAGAGCUCAACGCUCAUCUGGUCGAACGUACCAUGUCGGUAGAAGGCUCUGUCCUUGUCGUGACAUACACGGCGGUUAGCGUUCGUCUUCUGAGGUUAGCCACCAAUGGCUUCAUGGAGCACAUCAACCUGGUCAUCCGAACAAUCCACGAAUUCGCUCCAUCAAGCCAGGGUCAGAAGGACGUUGAGGAUAUCCGUCAAAAGGUUGAGCACACCGGGAUCGCCGUCUAG